GAAGCCAAGAAACUUAAGAAGAAGAAGACAACUUGGCAACGUUUUUCGAUUUAGGCACGUUUUUUGUCCAAUAAUUUUGGAGACUAGGUAUUAAAUUCCUUUAGUAAAUAUUCCGAAAAAUAUAUCCAAAUGUCAGAUGGACCUACAGAACACAUAAAAAAGUUUGUCUUCACCUCAAACCGUGAUUCUGGGGAGGAUAAGGAAGUUUUGGAAGUAUUAAUUCCCGAGUUGUUACAAGGCAGUUAUUCUUUCUAUACUUGGCCCAGUGCACCGGUUUUGGCCUGGUUUCUUUGGGAGAACCGAGCCGAACUUCCUGGGAAACAUAUCUUAGAAUUGGGCUCAGGAACCGCAUUGCCUGGAAUAGUCGCCGCUAAGUGUGGGGCUUUUGUAAGUCUAAGUGAUUCAGCGACACUCCCCAAGUCUUUGGCUCACAUUAAACGUAGCUGCCAGCUUAACAAUUUACCCCUUGGAGAGAGAGUGAAAGUUAUUGGCUUAACUUGGGGUUUAUUUUUAAGCAAUUUUGAGUCAAUUGGGGCGCUGGACCUGAUAUUGGGGUCAGAUUGUUUUUAUGAACCAGCGGUCUUUGAAGACAUCCUGGUCACUGUCGCGUAUUUGCUAGAAUACAACCCCGGCGCAAAAUUUGUAUGCACCUACCAAGAAAGGAGUUCAGAUUGGUCAAUAGAGCAUUUGUUAGCGAAGUGGGGGCUGGAUUGUAAAGUGCACAGUAUUAAUAAUUUAGGAGCGAGUGGUGGCGUAGAUAUACACGAAAUUAUUGGAGACCAUAGCAUACACUUGUUGGAAAUUUCCAGGAAGACGUAAUGGCCAGCAAUGCAGCCCGCCAAGUAUUUAAACUCUAUGUAAGCAAUAUUCCAUGGACCGUGAGUCACAACGAAUUACGUCAGUACUUCAGCAAAUACGGUUACGUAAAUUUGGCGAGAGUAGCCUUUGACAAAAGUACCGGUUUAUCAAAAAACU